GUCAUAAUGUCAUAAUAAUGUCAUUGCUCGCCUAGCCAUGACUGAAAGAUGUCAAAAUAAGUUAGCAGGAAAAAAUAGUAAUCGGAAUUAUAUUAUUUACGGAGGAAUUCUAGUUGCUCUCCUAGCUGUAUUAUAUUUUUACAGAUUUCACUUGAUCACAAUACUUGUAAGUUAUGGAUUCGGAUGUGUGGCUUGUUAUUAUGGGUUGACAACAAACAUUUUGCAAUCAUAUGUAGAAAAAUUAACGUGCCAUUUUAUAAAGGAAUCUACAGAGAAAGAUGAAGCACCAAGUAAAGGCUGCGACACAUGUGGUUCGAGCAGCUGCAAUCGUCAUGAUCCAGAAUUUGCAGCGGAACCCUGGAGCGGGCUGCUUGUACAUAAGCAAUUGGAUCAAGCCAUAGAAGAUUUUUACAAUACAAUUUUAGAACAAUUUAUAAACUCGUGGUAUUCAAAAAUAACACUCCAGCCAUUUUUUGUGGAUGAGUUGAGACACCAGUUGAGAUAUGCAUCUGCGUCGUUGUUGAGGAGAGCUCUAAAGGUAAACUAUGCGCAAUUAAUAACAGAUCGCCUGGUACCAUGUGCACUACGUCACUACAGCAUUGUGACGUCAGACUGUAAGCCCUGCCUACACGUAGCGGCGUGUAAUAGAGACGCGGAGAUAAAAUACCUGCGCUGUGUGACUGAGGCCGUAUUGCCAUAUUUGUUGAGGAGCGCUGAAACGCAGAAUUCAGUGUUCAAAGUAUUAAUUCGCGAGAUAUUCGCGGGCUGGGUGUUGCUGUCUCUCACGGAUGUGUUGGCGGACCCCUAUAUACUCAAUAUGUUAAUCAUUCUGGCAACUAGCAACGAAACAAUGGCUCAAUUGCCAGCUACGCCUAAUUAUAAAGUAGAAUUUCUAGAAACGUUCGUUCGCCAAACAGACUCAGUGUACGCGAAAAGGCCUAAACUUCUGCGCAUAGAAUUAGAGCUGCUUGUGAAUGAGCAGGAACAUUUCUAUGCGUUUAUGCAACACUUGAAGACGAAUAGCAACAUACAUGUGUUGCAGUUUUAUAAGGAUAUCAAAUCAUUCCAAAACCGUAUCCUCAACCCGGAGCUAACUUCAGAGGAACAAUCAAUAGUGCGCCGUGAAGCUCGUGCGUUAUACAAGCGAUAUGUUGCCGUAGUACUGCCCGGGGUCAACCUGCCGGAUGCUCUGCAGCAUGAGCUCAGGGACCUGCUGGAGAGUGGAACUGAUUGUGUUAGACGUUUACAGACAAGUCGCGCUCUGUACCAAGCGGCUCGGCAGUCUCAUUCCGUUCUUGAGAAAAUUCUGAUGCCAAAGUUUUUACAUAGUGAAGAGUUUUAUAAAUUAUUAAUCGGACCAAGGGUACCCACCGGAUAUCACAAACAAUUGACCAAAAGGCCACAAGAAAAACCCCCAAAGCUGGGUAAACUCCGUAACACCAUCAAACCACAGACCCUGGAUGGCUCCGAGCUACCUGAUGAUGGAGUGGAAAACGUGGACAUCCUCAAGUAUUUGGAUUCCCUCGCCAGUGAGGAUAGCUUGGGAGACCAGGAUCUGAGUAAUUAUAAAGUGGUGUUGACUAAUGUGGAGACAAGAUUGCAACCACCCCCCCGCCGCGGGGCAGUACGAGUAUUCACAAUCGGCGUGCAUCGCGCUAUUUCUGGGGGUGUUGGGUCUCUUGGGGGUGUUGGGGGUGCUGGGGGUGCGUCCCUGUGGAGCGUGGAACGGAGUGAACAUGACUUCCAUCUGCUAAGGGCGAAGCUACAGGAGUUCCAUGGGGAUAGACUGUUGGCUCAUCUGCCGCUGCCGUCCAGGAGAGACAACAGUCCCUUAGAAACUCUACGCUACAAGUACGAAGAUUUUCUCCAACGAAUACUACAAAUAUCACUACUACAGACUAGUGAAUUACUCUACCUUUUCCUUACGGUGGACAGCGACUUCACAUUAGUGGUACAAGCGUCCACACUAAACGUGAACACAGACCUCGGGAACAUCUACCAGUCCGUAGCGCACAGAUUGAGGAAGGAAAAGGGACAGCACUUGGAAAGCUUUCUGAGAAACUUUCUGAUUUCCUCGGACAAGGAACGCUAUCAGGCUUUGAAACAAGGCACCCGUGACGUGGAGGAAGCUCUAGAAGUGCCCGAGAGCGAGCCCGAAGUUAAACAUGCGAGCCGAGCGCGGAACAUUCGCGACGGAAUGUUCGCGAACAACUGGGACGUGCCCGCCAGAGUUGUGUUCCGGGACAGCGCGCACCAGCCGCACGUGCGCGGCGCAGUGCAGUGCGCCAUGUACAUGUGUGAGUGUGGAACAGUGUGGAAUGUGUGGAAUGUUCCGCAACAACUGGGACGUGCCCCCACGAGUUGUGUUCCGGGACAGCGCGCACCAGCCGCACGUGCGCGGCGCAGUGCAGUGCGCCAUGUACAUGUGUGAGUGUGGAACAGUGUGGAAUGUGUGGAAUGUUCCGCAACAACUGGGACGUGCCCGCCAGAGUUGUGUUCCGGGACAGCGCGCACCAGCCGCACGUGCGCGGCGCAGUGCAGUGCGCCAUGUACAUGUGUGAGUGUGGAACAGUGUGGAAUGUGUGGAAUGUUCCGCAACAACUGGGACGUGCCCCCACGAGUUGUGUUCCGGGACAGCGCGCACCAGCCGCACGUGCGCGGCGCAGUGCAGUGCGCCAUGUACAUGUGUGAGUGUGGAACAGUGUGGAAUGUGUGGAAUGUUCCGCAACAACUGGGACGUGCCCCCACGAGUUGUGUUCCGGGACAGCGCGCACCAGCCGCACGUGCGCGGCGCAGUGCAGUGCGCCAUGUACAUGUGUGAGUGUGGAACAGUGUGGAAUGUGUGGAAUGUUCCGCAACAACUGGGACGUGCCCGCCAGAGUUGUGUUCCGGGACAGCGCGCACCAGCCGCACGUGCGCGGCGCAGUGCAGUGCGCCAUGUACAUGUGUGAGUGUGGAACAGUGUGGAAUGUGUGGAAUGUUCCGCAACAACUGGGACGUGCCCGCCAGAGUUGUGUUCCGGGACAGCGCGCACCAGCCGCACGUGCGCGGCGCAGUGCAGUGCGCCAUGUACAUGUGUGAGUGUGGAACAGUGUGGAAUGUGUGGAAUGUUCCGCAACAACUGGGACGUGCCCCCACGAGUUGUGUUCCGGGACAGCGCGCACCAGCCGCACGUGCGCGGCGCAGUGCAGUGCGCCAUGUACAUGUGUGAGUGUGGAACAGUGUGGAAUGUGUGGAAUGUUCCGCAACAACUGGGACGUGCCCGCCAGAGUUGUGUUCCGGGACAGCGCGCACCAGCCGCACGUGCGCGGCGCAGUGCAGUGCGCCAUGUACAUGUGUGAGUGUGGAACAGUGUGGAAUGUGUGGAAUGUUCCGCAACAACUGGGACGUGCCCGCCAGAGUUGUGUUCCGGGACAGCGCGCACCAGCCGCACGUGCGCGGCGCAGUGCAGUGCGCCAUGUACAUGUGUGAGUGUGGAACAGUGUGGAAUGUGUGGAAUGUUCCGCAACAACUGGGACGUGCCCCCACGAGUUGUGUUCCGGGACAGCGCGCACCAGCCGCACGUGCGCGGCGCAGUGCAGUGCGCCAUGUACAUGUGUGAGUGUGGAACAGUGUGGAAUGUGUGGAAUGUUCCGCAACAACUGGGACGUGCCCGCCAGAGUUGUGUUCCGGGACAGCGCGCACCAGCCGCACGUGCGCGGCGCAGUGCAGUGCGCCAUGUACAUGUGUGAGUGUGGAACAGUGUGGAAUGUGUGGAAUGUUCCGCAACAACUGGGACGUGCCCCCACGAGUUGUGUUCCGGGACAGCGCGCACCAGCCGCACGUGCGCGGCGCAGUGCAGUGCGCCAUGUACAUGUGUGAGUGUGGAACAGUGUGGAAUGUGUGGAAUGUUCCGCAACAACUGGGACGUGCCCCCACGAGUUGUGUUCCGGGACAGCGCGCACCAGCCGCACGUGCGCGGCGCAGUGCAGUGCGCCAUGUACAUGUGUGAGUGUGGAACAGUGUGGAAUGUGUGGAAUGUUCCGCAACAACUGGGACGUGCCCGCCAGAGUUGUGUUCCGGGACAGCGCGCACCAGCCGCACGUGCGCGGCGCAGUGCAGUGCGCCAUGUACAUGUGUGAGUGUGGAACAGUGUGGAAUGUGUGGAAUGUUCCGCAACAACUGGGACGUGCCCGCCAGAGUUGUGUUCCGGGACAGCGCGCACCAGCCGCACGUGCGCGGCGCAGUGCAGUGCGCCAUGUACAUGUGUGAGUGUGGAACAGUGUGGAAUGUGUGGAAUGUUCCGCAACAACUGGGACGUGCCCCCACGAGUUGUGUUCCGGGACAGCGCGCACCAGCCGCACGUGC